UCGGAGCAAUAUCAGCAAAUCAAGGCCAUGACUAAGAAAAAGGUUGUGGUUAAGGCGUCAAUGAACGGUAGGAAUCAGAAGUUCUCACUCUUUCCAAAUUUUAGAAGGCAAGAUAAUCGCCUGAAGGGUCUUCGAAUUGCAACGGCUGUCUCUGGGUUCCAAUCGUUGAGUCUAAAAGGAACGCAUCGAGACGUGAUUGAAGUAACAGUGGACGGAGUUGAUGCGGUCGAGCUCACUAGUAAGCUUCGCAAGAGCGUGGGUUAUGCGAAUUUGAAGACGGUAAUGAAAGUCAAAGAUGGGAAGGAGCAAGAAGAGAAGAAGCCCAAGAAGGACGAGCCACCCAAGUCGGCGGCGCUGCCAGUUGUCUGGACAUAUCCACCGUACGUCGGGAUGAAGCUUUAACCAGCUUGCUGUACAAUCAUGCAAUGCUCUCUCUCUCUA